UUUUUUUUGCAUUUGGUUCUUUGACUGUGCUAGAUGGGCGGUCGAAAAUCUCCAAAAUCUGGAGGGGGGUAAAUUCAACCCACCUUUGUUGGAGUCAUUUUCGUUACAAUUAUCAUUAGGUAUUAGAUGAUUUUUAAAACAUCGGGCAUAAUCCGAUUGGCCGCUACCUUCUGAUUUCAGACUGAACUAAAGGCGGCGAACCAACACUGCGUGUAAGGCCGGCGGGGAGAGGGAGCUCGAUGGAUACAGAGUGCUCAUGGUUGAUAAACUCUUUUCUCUCAGUUUGCCGGCAUUGCACUGCUUCUCUUAAACGUGGGCAGGAGUGAUCCCAUCUGCGCACACAGAAUUUUAUUGGAAAUGUUGCUAUAAUGUUCCGAGAGCUUGCAAAACGACACCGGCUGAGUUAUGCUUACACUAACACCUGACAGUUUUCUCUUUCAAUCGUUAACAUGAUUUGCUAAGUCGGACUAAAACCAAGGAAAACAGUUUUAAACUAUCCAGCGCGAACAUUAUUAUUAUGCCUUGGGACACUUGGAGUAUCUAAGAGCGGAUACAUUCCAUUCAUUUUAAUGUCAAUUUGCGACUCGCUGAACUUGCACGUUUUGUAUCUUUGCUAUCUUCCAACAGACGAACGUGGCGGGUGCUUCAUGCACACACAGCUGUCACGUCUGUUUUGCAGAGCCCCAGUAGAUGCAAUGAUUUUAUUCAGAGGGGAGAUCUGGGAAAGAGGCGUUCUUUGCAACACAGCACGAGUUGGAAACGAGGAAGUCACACACACCCGGGCUGAUGUGACGGAUUAUAUCCGUUAAUUUCACAGGAAGUAAAUGAGAGCGGCUGGGCUGGCCGCACGCCGCUGGAGCGCUAGUUAGUUUCAGCACAGUUGUGCAGGGCUCAGGGGCACAGGGUCGCCCAGGUCUCUGCAGCGUGUGGCCACGCUGACUCCGUGUCAACGAUGCUUCUCUGAUGAUGGCGGAUGUUCAGAGAGACGGUGCUGAAGUGGGGCUGCCGGAUCACCAGGCUCCAAGCAACCCCAUCCCGGACUCGUCUGGCUUCUUAGCAGAAGCCCAACCUGUCUCGAACGGGAAAUGCCCGGAUCCGGGCGACCCGUCUGUUAGCAGCGAAAGUACCGCGAGUAAACCGUGCACACCGCCACGAAGCAGCAUCAUUAAGGAUGGGUCACGACAAAGGCGGGACAGGAAGAAGACUGUCUCUUUCAGCAGUAUGCCCAAUGAUCGCAAGAUCAACAGCAGUGCAGCCUGCAUCUCCUUCAUGCUGGAGGGAUGUGAGAUGAAAAAGGUUCGCUCAAACUCCAGAGUGUACAUCCGUUAUUUUAUUCUCGAUUCUGACAUGAGGUCGCUGAGAUGGGAGCCAUCGAAAAAAGACUCCGACAAAGCAAAAAUUGAAAUAAAGUCCAUCAAAGAAGUGAGAUUGGGAAAGAAGACUCCCGUGCUUCGCAGUAAUGGGAUUUCAGACCAAUUUUCCGAUGAAUGUGCUUUCUCGAUUAUUUAUGGGGAGAACUAUGAAUCACUGGAUUUAGUGGCUAGUUCUGCUGAUAUUGUGAACACUUGGGUUAUGGGACUGAGGUACCUGGUUUCAUACGGAAAACAUACCCUUCACGUGAUCGAGUCAAACCAGAACAGCUUGCGGUCUUCCUGGCUGGAAUCAGUGUUUCACGCAGCAGAUGAUGGUACUCAAGGCCACAUUCCACUGACCAGGGCAGUCCAACUCAUUAAAGGUUUGAGUCUUGGAAUGAAGACGACCAAAGUUGAGCUGAAAUUUAAAGAACUGCUGAAGGCAAAGGACAAACUCGGAACUGAGGUUACCUUGGAGAUCUUCACCGAGGCUUACUGUGAACUCUGCACACGGCCAGAGAUAUAUUUUCUGCUUGUACAGUUCUCCAGCAAUAAAGAAUGUCUUGACUCCAAGGACCUUAUGUUGUUCCUGGACGUAGAGCAAGGAAUGGAGGGCCUUACGGAAGAUAUGUGUUUGGAAAUCAUUCGCAAAUAUGAACCAUCGCAAGAAGGUCAGGAGAAAGGUUUCCUUUCCAUAGAUGGCUUUACCAAUUACCUUUUAUCACUUGAGUGCCAUCUCUUUGAUCUACAACAUGAAAAUGUCUGUCAAGAUAUGACUCAACCUUUGUCUCAUUACUACAUUAAUUCAUCCCAUAACGCUUGCCUGUUGGAGGACCAUUUCUGGGGUUCCUCAGACAUUAAUGGGUAUAUCCGAGCUUUGAAAAUGGGAUGCCGUAGCAUUGAACUUGUGGUUUGGGAUGGCCCAGAUAAUGAGCCUCUGAUUUAUGCCGGCAAUUUGAUGACAACACAAAUACCUUUCCGGACAGUUAUUGAUGUGAUAAAUAAGUAUGCGUUUGUAGCUUCACAGCACCCCUUGAUUCUCUGCUUGGUGACACGCUGUUCAGUCAAACAGCAGAAAGUGAUGGCUCAACACAUCAAGAAGAUUCUGGGGGACAGGUUACAUGUGGAUCCUCCAGAUCCAGAGGGCAAUUACCUCCCAUCACCAGAACAACUCAAGGGGAAGAUUCUUCUUAAAGGAAAGAAGUUGCCUGGGAAUUAUUCCGAUUCUGAAGGAGAUGUUAGUGAUGAAGAUGAAGGGAUUGAAAUGUGCCAAAGCAUGGCCGAAGACAGUGCUGAUCAAUUGAAUGUACCCCCGGAAAGAAAGCUGAGGCUUUCAAAAGAACUCUCCGACCUGGUGAGCUUCUGUAAGUCCGUGCAGUUUAGGGACUUUGAGGUUUCCAGGAGAAAUCAGAAAUAUUGGGAAAUUUGCUCAUUUAAUGAGGUGGUGGCAAGCAGAAUUGCCAAUGAAUAUCCAGAGGACUUUGUGAUCUAUAAUAAAAAGUUCUUGUCUAGGGUAUACCCCAGCCCCAUGAGAAUAGAUGCCAGUAACAUGAAUCCCCAAGACUUUUGGAAAUGUGGUUGCCAGAUGGUGGCUAUGAACUAUCAGACUCCUGGGCUAAUGAUGGACCUCAAUAUUGGAUGGUUUCGACAGAAUGGAAACUGUGGGUAUGUACUCCGUCCUGCCAUCAUGAGGGAAGAGGUAUCCUACUUCAGCGCCAACGCAAAGGAUUCUUUGCCAGGAGUGUCAGCUCAGCUUCUUCACAUUAAAAUCAUUAGUGGUCAAAACCUGCCCAAGCCUAAAGGCUCUGCAGCCAAGGGGGAUGUUGUAGAACCAUAUGUGUAUGUGGAGAUACAUGGGAUACCAGCUGACUGUUCAGAACAGAGGACUAAGACAGUUACUCAACAUGAUGACAAUCCUAUCUUUGACGAGAGCUUUGAGUUUCAAAUUAAUUUGCCCGAGCUAGCACUCUUACGCUUUGUAGUUCUAGAUGAUGACUACAUCGGAGAUGAGUUCAUUGCACAGUACACCAUACCCUUUGAAUGCCUGCAGGCAGGAUACAGACACGUGCCUCUUCAGUCCUUGACUGGAGAGUUUCUGCCACACUCAACCUUAUUUAUACACGUGGCCGUCAGCAAUCGACGAGGUGGUGGGAAAUCCCAGAAAAGGGGGCUUUCUGUUCGCAAGGGGAAAAAGGCCAGAGAAUACACUUCAACCAAAACCAUAGGGAUCAAAGUUAUUGAUGAGGUCUUUAGAACAGCUACUCAACCCUUACGUGAAGCAAUGGACUUCCGAGAAAACGUACAGAAUGCCGUGGUCUCAUUUAAAGAGUUGUGUGGCCUGACUCCUGCGGCGAACAUGAAGCAAUGCAUUCUAACUCUGUCGUCAUGGUUACUGAACAGUGACAACACGGUGUUGGUGACACUGAACCUCAGCGAACAGUAUCCUUCCAUGGAGGCACAGGGUCCAGUUCCAGACCUCCUCAGGAAGGUUCUAGCAGCCUAUGAUACAAUGAUUCAGACCAGCAAGAUGCUAAUUGAAUCUGCUGAUGCAGUCUACGUGAAGAUAAUGCAGGCUCAGAAGGCUGGUUUGGACUUCCAUGGAGACCUGCAUGAAAUUGGAUCAAAGGAAGGUUUGAAAGGACGGAAACUCCAAAAAGCAUUUGAGAGCUUUGCGUGGAACAUCACUGUAUUAAAAGGCCAAGCAGAUCUGCUGAAACAUGCAAAGAAUGAAGCACUGGAUAACCUGAGACAGAUCCACUGUGCAGCACAAUCUUGUGGUAUCAGUAAGAGCAGCUCGACGUCUCCAGAUCAGUUGCGAUCACAGGGCGCCUUGGAGAGCAUUCCUGAAAGUGAGAACACAAGCGACAAUGGAUCUUCCUGAUGUCAGCAGGCGUAGGAAUAAGAAGUUGUUGUAAAUACACACACACACACACACACACACACACACACACGCACACACACACACACGCACACACACGCGCGCACACACGCGCGCUAAAGCUCCAGGUGAUUUUGUUGUACAUGAAUUGGAUUUGACAGAGUCGUCUAAUGUAAUUUCAUUACAGAAAUGAGGCAGUGGUGCUGAAUUUACUGUCAAUAUUUUAGGACAACCCUACUCACUGAGAUUACAACAGAAAAUGCUGGGAGUAAUCGGUAGCACCACCCUGUUUACAGAGGCCCACGUUCCAAGAAAAUGCUUUGCUUGAGAAAGGCCUUCAGGAUCUCUCCUGUAGGUGGGAUGUGGUCACUGUCGUGCAGUCCCCCACUCUGUGUGCUCCCAAAUCCUGAAUGUGCUUCUGAGGGUUGUUGCAAGAGCAGGCUGUUUCUCCAUUAGAAGAUAGAGGGUGCAAACAUAAAAUCAAUGGUUUGACUAAGUCGUUUAACUUUAGCAAAAUAUUUUGUUUGCUGUUUGGAAGCCAGGACACGUCCCAUGAUCAGACACCCAAAAAUGGGUGAAAAACAAAUCUGUUGCAGCCUCAGGUCUAUGUAUUACGAUCUGUGUAUUGUUCAGGUAUAUAUUAUUAACCUUGGGAGCAGCGGUGAUUUAGAAGUCAUGGAACAUGUAAUAUAUUUUGUACCUUUUGGCUAUGAAUGGGUGGAUACCUAGCCUGGUAAUGAUGUCAGAAUGUAACUGAAAAUUUUAUUGUAGGCUAGACCAAUUCGUCUAACGUUAAUGUCACUUUCAACCUGAGGUUGAAACUCAAGCUACUUUUCAUCACCAGCAAAGCAAUAGAUUUGUUAGUUUAGUGAAUAGGAAGACUGUGUGUCCCUUCUGUUGAAACUGUCAUGUACUCUCUUAAUUAAGCGUCACUUCAAAAGGACCUGUCAGAUCCAAGACAUUUUCACUCUUCCAGUUUUUGUGACUGGGUAUUUACAGCACCACCUCAAUGCCACCUAUCUAAUCAUGUGUCUCUGUAAUAAAGCCAUGCAGAAUAAUAUUUAUGUUUCCCAUUUUGAAGUCCUACAUAAAUUGUUUUGAAAACUCAUUUGCCUCUUUCUCUUCAGCUGUUGAUCAGGGAUGAAAGAAAGUUGUUUUACACCUUAAACAGAACUCUUCAGUUUUACAAUUAAUAACUAUAAAUGCAAUUAAUAAAUUACAAGGCUAACAGUACUGGCACAUGUUUCUGGGGGGUUUGACAUCCUCCCAUGUAUAAAGUAAUCGGGCAGACAGAUUUUAUUUUUUGUUGUUGAAUUUCUCUGUGAUGUCAUUAUGCUGCUAUGAAAGAAAAAAUCAUUAUAAAUAAACUAACUGUUCUUCCAGCUA